AUGGAUGCAAGAUACCAUGCACCUACCAGUGUUCAGGCCCUGGUCUGUGAGCAACAUGAGUUUCAGUUUGUCUUUCCCAAUUUCACCUCUCCACCCUCACCUGCAGCUAGACAAUGUAUGCUUCAGAACAGCUUUCAGCCAAGCUUUGUGGACAAUGGUGACUUUAUUAUUGGCGGGAUCUUCCCCCUUCACUAUAACCAGGAGAUGCCAGACCUUAACAAUACCUACAAACCACCACCAGUGAAGUGCAAUGGCUUUGAUCCCAGAGCUUUCCGCUGGGCUCAGACUAUGAGGCUGGCAGUGGAAGAGAUAAACCAGAGUACAGAGCUAUUGCCUAAUUACACCCUUGGAUACAAAAUCUUUGAUUCAUGUGCAUAUCCAUUGACUGGCCAGAGAGCUGCUCUGGCUGUGUUGAAUGGGCUGAGAGAGCUUGACUCUCCCAUGUGCAGUGGUGCCUCUCCGCUUCUUGCUGUGAUUGGGGAAUCUGGUUCUGCUCAGUCUAUCGUAGUUUCAAGAAUCCUACAGCCAUUCAGAAUUCCAAUGAUCAGCUACUUUUCUUCAUGUGCUUGUUUCUCUGAUCGAAGAAAAUAUCCCACCUUCUUCAGAGUAAUCCCUAAUGAUGACUAUCAGGUGAAGGCCAUAGCUCAGCUACUGGUACGCUUCAACUGGACUUGGGUGGGGCUGGUGCGAGGGGACCAUCAGUAUGGGCUCUUUGCUGUGCAAGGUCUACUGAGAGAAUUACAGGGUACCAAAGUGUGUGUAGCAUACCAAGAAAUGAUCCCUCUGCUCUACAAUCGCCAGAGGGCACUGGAAAUCAUGGAGGUGAUGCAGAGCUCUUUGGCUAAGGUGGUGGUGGUAUUUUCAGCAGAGGGCGAGAUGACACCAUUCUUGAGAGAUUACAUGACACAGAACAUCACUGGAAUCCAAUGGGUGGCUAGUGAAGCCUGGGUGACAGCAUCUGUCUUUACAGGGAGCGAGUAUUACCCUUACCUUGGGGGCACCAUUGGGUUUGGCAUCAGGAGAGGUCACAUCUCCAGGCUCAGUGACUACCUACAAACAAUAAACCCUCACAUGUAUCCCAAUAAUCUUCUAGUGAAGGAGCUGUGGGAGGCUCUGUAUGGUUGCAGUCCUUCUCUCUCCUCUGCCUCCCACUUUCCUCCCUGUACAGGACAGGAGUCCUUGUUGGAGCAGCAUUCAGCCUACAUGAAUACAUCCAGCCCCAGAGUGGCCUAUAAUGUCUACAAGGCUGUAUAUGCCAUUGCUCAUUCCCUCCACAACCUACUUCUCUGUCAACCAGGCAGUGGGCCUUUCCAAAACAACUCAUGUGCUGAGCGCAACAAUAUACAGCCCUGGCAGCUUCAGUACUACCUCCAGGAAGUGACGUUUAACAUUGCCGGAGAGGAGGUGAACUUUGACCUGAAGGGUGACUCCAUACCCUAUUAUGAUAUCAUCAACUGGCAGAGAGGCACAGGCGGAAACAUUGAAUUUGUCAACGUGGGGUUGUUUGAUGGAACCAAGCCUGCUGGAGAGGAGCUGGUGAUCCAGGAGGACAGGAUAAUAUGGGCAGGGCAUCUCAGUGAGGUACCAGUGUCUGUGUGCAGUUCCAGCUGUCUUCCAGGGUCCCGGAAGGCUGUCCGUCGUGGGGAGCCUGUUUGCUGCUUUGACUGUGUUCCAUGUGACAGCGGCAAAAUUAGCAAUCAGACAAAUUCAGUAGAGUGCACAUUUUGUCCUGAGGACUUCUGGUCAAACGAAGACAGAACGGCCUGCAUCCCCAAAAAGGUGGAGUUCUUGGCCUAUGAUUCCUUGGGUAUAGCCCUGACGGUGACUUCUGCGGUGGGCGCCUGCUUCACUUUAAGUGUCUUUGCAGUCUUUUUCUAUCAUAGAAACACAGCUGUCGUUCGGGUGAACAACUCUGAACUCAGCUUCUUCAUACUCUUCUCGCUGACGUUGUGUUUUCUGUGCUCCCUGGUAUUCAUUGGAGAGCCAACAUCUUGGUCCUGCAUGCUGCGCCACACUGCCUUUAGCAUCACAUUUUCACUAUGCCUCUCCUGCAUCCUGGGGAAGACUCUGGUGGUGUUGGCUGCUUUCACUGCCACCAGGCCAGGGGACAACAUCAUGAAGUGGUUGGGGCCCAAGCAGCAGAGGGUCAUCAUCUUCAGUUGUACCGUUGUUCAGGUGGUUAUAUGUGCUGCCUGGCUUAUUGAUGCUCCCCCUAGUCCAUCACGAAAUACACAAUAUGAACGCUCCAAGAUCAUACUGGAGUGUAACGUGGGCUCCAGCCUCGCAUUCUGGUGCGUUCUGGGUUAUAUUGGCCUACAGGCUUGUCUGUGCUUUAUUCUAGCUUUUCUGGCUCGUAAGUUGCCAGGCAACUUUAACGAGGCCAAGUUCAUCACUUUUAGCAUGCUGAUCUUCUGUGCUGUGUGGCUGGCAUUCAUCCCUGCUUAUAUUAGUUCUCCUGGGAAUUAUGCAGAUGCAGUGGAGUCAUUUGCCAUUCUGGCUUCCAGUUUUGGAUUGUUGUUCUGCCUGUUUUCUCCUAAGUGUUACAUUAUUAUAUUGAAGCCAGAAAAGAAUACAAAACAACACCUACUGGGAAAAGAAAAGAAGUAACUUCCCAUGAGUUAACCUUUCAAAAAUAUCUCAUGAACAUUAAACAAGCAAUUAUUUAUCUACCUGUCUCAAAAUACCCUGAUGUUUGUACUAUGAGCUAAUGUGUCACGUAAAAUUGAAUUUUAUUGUUUCU